AAAUUGCUAAAAAUGAAAAGAACCAGUUACUGGUUAAGUCGCUACAUAAAAAGCUCAGGACGUCUCGCCGGCGAUGAAACCGAGCCAAGAGCACGGGCGUCAACACGCCCCCACAAAGAUCUUACUGACCUCGAUCUCAGCAAUGGUGGCCGAAACGACGACGUUUCCAAUCGACCUCACGAAGACGAGGCUCCAACUCCACGGCGAGUCCCGGUCUCUGGGCUCGACCCGGCCCACCAACGCGUUCCGGGUGGCCUCGGAAAUCGUGCGCCGGGAAGGCCCUCUGGGACUGUACAAGGGUUUGUCUCCGGCGAUUCUCAGGCACCUUUUUUACACGCCUGUUCGUAUCGUCGGCUACGAGCACCUCAGAAACUCUUUGAAAACCGAUGGUGGGUCCCUCUCUCUCGGGGCUAAAGCCCUCUACGGCGGACUCUCCGGCGUCAUUGCUCAGUUGGUGGCAAGCCCGGCAGAUCUUGUAAAGGUGAGGAUGCAAGCAGAUGGUCGUUUUGUGAGCCAAGGCUUUCAACCUAGGUACUCGGGGUGUUUCGAUGCUUUAAACAAGAUCGCCCGAGCAGAAGGUGUUGGAGGACUUUGGAAAGGGGUUUUCCCUAACGUUCAAAGAGCUUUCUUAGUAAACAUGGGAGAAUUAGCUUGUUACGAUCAUGCAAAACUUUUUGUUAUCAAUAAUCAGAUUUCUGAGGAUAAUAUAUAUGCCCACACAUUAGCAUCAAUCAUGUCGGGCCUUUCGGCAACUGCUUUGAGCUGUCCAGCAGACGUGGUAAAGACGAGAAUGAUGAAUCAGUCAGAAAUUAAGGAAGGGAAGAUUAUGUACAGCAGUUCUUAUGAUUGUCUUGUGAAGACAGUCAAAGUUGAAGGUCUGAGAGCUCUGUGGAAAGGGUUCUUUCCUACAUGGGCACGGCUUGGGCCUUGGCAAUUUGUUUUCUGGGUCUCGUACGAGAAGUUUCGACAAAUUGCAGGGUUUUCUUCCUUCUGAUGAUGAACCUUUAGAUUGACUCUCACGUUACAGAUUGUCAUUGAUUGUUUGCCGUGGCACAUGAUUCUGUGAAGGAGAUUUCUGGUGAGAAUCCGAAGCCUGAGGAUGUGAAGCCUAAGGGGAGGCGCAAGGGGAACAAAGGCGAGGUGUAAUGCCCAAGUCUAACAAAAUGUAAUGGUAUGCAGCAUGGGAAUUUUUAGGGAUGUAAUCUUAGGAUAUUAGGGAUGUAAUUUUAAAUUAUUAGUGUUCUGUGCCUUGGGAGCUUUUAAAUGAUUGUUUGGCCUUCUACUUUUAAUGGCCUUUUCUGUCUCCAGAGAAGAUUCCUCUGUUGACCCUCCUUUGUGUUUAAGAAUGUGGUGACAUUCACUUAUACUUUCAUCCA